AUGCCACUCGAGCAGCUCGCAGUAGGCCCCAGCAGAUCUGCAAAGGACAACGCUGAGUCAGGUAAAGAAGAGGGAGAGAAGAGGCGCAAGGAGGCGACGCUUCUUCGUUACAGCCAGCCGGACCACGGCCGAACAGGGAAAGCCACCCGCCAAUCUCAUCCGAGCAGAGCCGCCCCCCGAAGCGCUGCCCGAGCCGCAGCGCCCGCACCAGCCCCCGCCGCGCCAGCCGCCUCCCCGUGCAGCGCCGCCGGUCGCACUGGCCCAAGUCCCACAGGGCCAGCGGGGGCCACGCCGGCCCGAACCCCCCCGCCUCGGCUGCCGGGGGGGGAGCAGCAGCAGCAGCAGCAGGCCCCGCCCCCUCCCCGCCGCCCGCCUCAGGCCCCGCCCCCUCCUGCUGCCGCUGCUGCUGCUGGCGGCGUCCCGGGGCCAGGCCCUUCGCGCCCCGGCGCUCUCGGCUGCGACCCAUCCAGGAAGGUCGGAAGACUUUCCGCCCGGCUUCCGGGGCCCGGCUCCUACUUCCGGCGUGCGUGCGUGCGUGCGUGCGUGGUGAAGGCGGCUGAGCGACGGGCGGAAGGGGGCAGCUUCCGCGUCCCGAUCAUGGCUCUGCCGCUGCUGCUGCUGCUGCUGCGGGCGGCCUCCGUGGCCGCCGUGGGGAAGAUGAAGGUGGUGGAGGAGCCGAACAGCUUCGGGCUGCACAACCCCUUCUUGCCUCCCGCGCAUCGCUUGCAGCCCAAAACCAGCCCAGCCCCAGCUUCAGGUGAGGACCGGGAUGAAGGGGGUGGCGGGGAGGUCUUAGGCGGCGAGCGGGCUCUCGCAGACCUCCCGGGCACGGACGCCCCACAUCUCCUAGACACGCAGGUAAGGGUGGUGGCUCUUCUGCCUGGACAGGCCCUCCAGGUCAGCCGCCCUUCCGCUCUCUGCCUUCCCUUUGCAGGCCCUGCCCAUCUCCUGCGCCUGGCAGGCAAAUGCUUCAGCUAUGUGGAGUCCACGUAUAAGUAUGAGUUCUGCCCCUUCCAGAAUGUCACCCAGCACGAGCAAACCUUCCGGUGGAACGCCUACAGCGGAAUUCUUGGAAUCUGGCAGGAAUGGGAAAUCGAGAACAACACCUUUGUCGGAAUGUGGUUGAGAGACGGAGACGCAUGCGAAAGCAGGAACAGGCAGACCAAGGUCCUCCUGGUGUGUGGAAAGAGCAACAGAUUGGCUCACGUGUCCGAACCAAGCACCUGUCUUUAUUCUCUGACGUUUGAAACGCCGCUCGUUUGCCACCCACAUUCUCUCUUAGCGUAUCCAGCCUUGCCUGAAGCCCUGCAAAGGAAAUGGGAUGAUCUGGAGCAGUCCCUUUAUGAAGAACUGGUCACGAAACAGGGGUACGAGAAAAGGUUGAGAGAGAUCUUUGAAGAAGCCACCUUUUUCAAAUCUACAAGAGAGGCACAGAUGGAACCCAAAAAAACCCUUCAGCGGCGGGAAUUUGAGUCUUUGGAAAAGUGUAACGAGGAAUAUCAACGGCUUUCCAAAGACAUACAGAAAUUGAAAGACUUAUUAACUCAGCACGGAGCAGCGUAUGAAGUCAUCACAAGCAGAAACAGCGACCCUAAGCACACCGUUCCAAAAGGGGCUCCAGAAAUGACAGUUCAAACGGUUGAAACCAAAGUUGAGGCGUACCAGCACGGAGAGGCGGGACCGUGGAACAAUUUCCAAUGACCAGAUUUCCCACUCAGCAUCAGGUGUUUCAGAACAACUAAAAGUUAUCUUGUCUUAUUCUCUAAACCAAAUCCAAAAUCUGAAAGCAGUGGUCCUCAUACAAGUCUUAUGCAGCAGAAUAAAGAAUCUCCCCCACCCGCCAAAAUAAUAUCUGAGUUAAAAGGGGCCAAUGUAACAAAAAUAACAGCAGUAAUACAUAUCACAAAGAAACCUUUAAAAAAAUCAAUGAUUAUAAGCUUUUGGUGGGUAUCUUCAGUCAGGGGAAAGAAAGGAGAUGGCCAUUGUACGAGAAGACCAAAUAAGAACUACAUUUUUACUAUAGGAAGGGUGAUAUACAAAUACAAAAGGAGCACAGAAAUUACCAUAUAAGAAGGGAGGGGGAGAGAAAUAAUCUAAAUUGCUGCUCUCUUUCAAAAGAAGAAGAGCAAAAUGCUGGCACCCUCCCUGUGGCAGAAAUAUGCAAGCACAGCAGUCUUGGCUUCUAGUUCAGCCUGAGGGAGACCAGGCGUAAACCCACCAUAUCUGCUUACACUGGCACCCACCACCUUCACGGACCGGACUCACCCAAUCUUGCUGUCCAGAAGACGAAGUCAAGAGGAGACUUUGCAAAACGCUGUCCUUCCAGGGUCCCUGCUCCUCCUCCUCCUCCUCCUCCUCGUGCUGCUGCUGCUGCUGCUGCUGCUGGAGGAAAGGGAGAAUUCAGUUCAGGAUCUUGUCAAGCCCAGGGCCAGUCUAAAUGUUCACUUCUAUUUUAGUACGUCCCUUAAUAAAUGCUGAAUCCACCUUAAGCAGGCAUGAGCCCAGAGCCUCAUUUUUCGGUGAAUAUAUCCUAUAAUUUAAUGGGCUGAGUCAAUACCUAUUAUUUUGAGUUUCUAUGAUACUCUCAGGUUUACUGGCAAAGCUGCAAUUUUGUGUUUGCCAUUUAUAUAGGGAAUGCUAGUAUCAAUUAUAUCAAACAUCCAUGCCCAAAUGGUAGAAAUGCAUAAGGAAAGGCUGAGCUAUUGCUCUUAUUUGAGGGGGUUGGAUAUUGAAUUGGAUCAACUCAGUACCUGGGUCUCAUCCUUGAAGACUAUGUUCCAAAGAAGAGGCUGAUGUGUUCUAUAUGCUGUAAUAUACAUUUAGAGUUGAUUUAGAGGUCCCUCAGCAAACAAGUUGAUAGCAGAACAAAUCCUGGAAUCCAGAAGUUUGAAAACUCACUACAUUGAGAAAUUUUAUAGCUUUUCCCACCUUUGGCAACUACAAGACUAGUUCAGCAGGUUUUGGUUGUUGCUUUUUUAAAAACAUGUCCAAGUCAUAGUUCAACCAACACAUUAAAAGGCAGGUGGAGAGUGACCCUGUAAAGCUCCUUGAUUGCAUGCAAUUGUGUUUUUUCCCAUCUAGGGUGAAUGCAAGGCAGUACAGAGAAGUUGGCUGAAGCCUUCCAUCUUUUUUCUGAAGUACCCAAGACAGAUAGCACCAUUAAGAAAUUCCAUCUCCUUUCACAACUGAUUCCAACUACUCAAAACUAUUGGAGACACAGCAUGUAAACAUCCGCUGUCCAAUCUUUUUGUAAUGCAAUCCUGGUCAAAGCACAACUAUAGGAACUGCCCAUUGCUGUGUUGAGCAAAGGUGGGGGGAAAGAAAUUCAAGGGCAAAGAACAUAGGUGGGGCAACAGAGAUGAGCUGGCGCUGCUGUUUUCUUGGAACAGAUCAGCAACCGACAACCACUGGUUGCAACCUGUGCCUGCUUUAUGUGAUGCCCUCUAGUUCCUAACUGCCAGCCCUCGAAGCAAAGCACAGAUCCACACAAGAAGCGUGGCAGCAGGUGACUUUUCUGCGGGGUGUUGGCUGAUGCCAUUUUGGGAACUUCUAUUCCAAGCCUCGUGCACCUCUUUCCCCAGUCACAAGAAUGGGUCACGGGUCCCCUUGAGAGAAUAGGCCAUGCAUGCUCUUGUUAUCACCGCCAAAGUAACAAUUGAUGGUGCCGAACCGAAACACUAGCAACCAGGCAGCAGCAAACCCGGCCCAGCAAGAGGGGAGGUUUCUUCAAUGGAAAUGGUGACAGACGCAAGAAUCUUGAAUGCGGGAACACUUUACUAAAACGAAUGCCCCACGAAAAGCACAUGUGAAACAAUUUAUAGGGGGAAAAUUCAAAGUAAAUGGGAGGCGGGCAAAUAGAAAGGAGUCCUUAUUUUCAUUUGUUGAAGGCUGUGGAGAAAUAGCUUUCCUCUCCCCCGCCCUUCCUAUCUUCCCCUUUUGUCCCCAACCAGGCAGCAUAGAGCGGGUGGGCAGAAGUUGCAGAGAGCCUGGUAACAACAUCAGCAGGAGCCAAAAAAGGUGGGGGGAGAUAAAACCAGCCCAGACCCUGUGGGUGGGUUCUUCCUGUCUUGCUGGGCUCUGGGAAGAGGGAGGCUCUGCCUGGGAGAGAAGGCAGCGGCCUUUUCCCUGCAGGCCAUGUGCUGGGCCCAGUGAUGGGAGCUUCCUCGUGGACAAGACCUGCUUAAGCCGAGGACCUACCCUGCUGUGCAACAACUAGUGGGCAGGGUGUGUGAUAGCGACAGGGCCAGAGGGCUGGCGGUUUGCCUUUCUUUCAUUCGUGUUCCUUGCUGUCUGUGGGUGCCGUGCCAGAAAAGUUCUCUUAAAUGUUCUACUGUUAUUAAAUCUUAACUUCAUUUAAUCAUUACCGGUAGUGGACCCUUCUCUGUACCGCGUAUGUCUCCCCCCCCCCCCGGUUCGGACACGCUAGUGCAGGGGUCCCCAAACUACAGCCCGGGGGCCAAAUGUAGCCCCCUGAAGGCAUUUAUCCGGCCUGCCAGGCAUGGU